AUGUUAAUACCAAUUAUCGAAAAUAUCAGAUAUGAUGAAGUGAUCGACUAUCAGCAAGGAGAUGUCAAUUUUGGGAGCUACGAUGAAGACAGCAAUUACCUAUUACGGGUAUUCGAUGACCCCACUUUUGAUGGGAUUCCCGUAGACAAAACAAAAGGGCUGAUGGGAUCAGUAACCAAAGAAGUAUUAAUUCGUGUUCUGUUUGGGAUUCGAAAAGAAAUUCCUGUAUCGGUUGAUGAUAUUGACUGGUUGGUCAAAAACACGACAAUAUAUCCAAAAAUGGAUGUCAACAAGAUAAAGAACAGUGAUAAAAAAUGCGAGAUUCCUGUUUUCACGGAAGCUGUUUAUGAUAAAAAUUCCCCAUUCAAAAGACUUGAGGAUUCGGAUUAUCUUCUCACGGGUGCAUUGGAAUGUUCGAGAGAUGAAUUGAAAGCCGUCCUUUUGAAAGAUAAAGAAAUUCCAAGUUUCUACAAUUUGCAGAAGUGGGUUUCUGAAAGAAACAAACAAGUCACAACACAGGUGCCUAUUCCAAUCAGGCCAACAGUCCAACCAAUGGAGGAAGUCCACCAGAGCAACGAGAUGGAGGUUGAAGUCCCUCAUCCAGAAGACACUGGAUUCAUCCAAACAGGAUACUCCCAGCAAUACAUCUAA